GGUUGGGGGGCGUACCCAAAGGUCUGCUUCUCCCUGCUGAUUAGAAGCAUAACAAACCCGGCUAUCCAAGCGCAUGACAGAUAAUUACGCAAUAUAAAGGCCGAGAAUACGGUGACAGUGCCAGCUAUGGGGAAGUCCCAGUCACUGCUGGCCAAGCACAAAGACGACAGUCAGGAGGCGCUGACGGUAAACGCGGACGGAAUGACGUCACAAGAUGAAGCAAAGAACGGCGAUGUGUCGCAGUUUCCAUAUGUGGAGUUCACGGGACGGGACAGUGUGACUUGUCCCACAUGUCAGGGCACGGGUCGCAUUCCACGAGGUCAGGAAAACCAGCUGGUGGCUCUGAUUCCCUAUAGCGACCAAAGACUGAGGCCAAGCAGGACGAAGCUGUACGUGACCAUAUCGGUGUGCGUUUGCCUACUGCUGUCCAGUCUGGCCGUCUUCUUUCUGUUUCCCCGAACUAUCGACGUCUACUACGUGGGCGUGAAGUCAGCCUACGUGGCUUACGAUCACGAAAAGCAGAUCAUCUAUCUUAACAUUACCAAUACUCUGAAUAUUACAAAUAACAACUACUACGCCAUAUCGGUGACCAACAUCACCGCCCAGGUGGAGUUCUCCAAGACAGUAAUCGGCAAGGCUAAGUUUAACAUCAACAACACUGUUAUCGUACCUCUGGAUCAGCGACAGAUUGACUACACAGUCCCCACUGUCAUUGCAGAUGAAUUAAAUUACAUGUUCGACUACUGCACGCUGCAGUCCAUCAGAGUGCACAACAUGGUGGUCAUGAUGCAGGUUACAGUGACCACAUCAUAUUUUGGACACACCGAGCAGGUGUCCCAGGAGAUGUACCAGUAUGUGGACUGCGGGGGAAACACCACAUCAUUACAUGGCCAUGUGCAGGUCUUCUAAGCACCACAACAGUCCAAGCUCAAGUGCUCAUUCCAUGGUACUUCCCUAUUUAAUUCAUCAGUCGGUGAGAUGUCCUUAGUAAGCCAUCCACAUUACAACUGCUCGUUUGCCAUUAAGAGAGUGUUAAGACCAAGAAAAAGGCUGAGUAAAACAGUUAUUUUAACAAUAAAAAGGGUUUUAUUAAGCUUGCAUAUUUCACACCCCAGCAACAGCGUGAUUUUGCUAGAAGGUCUGUACCACUAAACUCCUUGGUGCUGUCACCUCCCAUUGGUACAUGUUCAAGCGCAAUAAAUCCAUGUUUUAAAUAUUUUAGCCUUGAAUUAAAAAGUUAAGGGAGAUACCGAGAGGUACUUUCAGUUUAGUUCACACCUCAGAUCUUUGUGUUUUUUCCUCACAUAAUUAAUAUUAUUUUGAUGUGUUUUGUAUGUUGCUGUUGUAGUGGUUUUUUUAGGCAUUUCUUUUUGCGUGUGAUUUUAACACAAAUUCAAUUACAGUAAAAUAGACUUCUAACAAGAUGUGACAUUUUGCCAUUUAAAAGUUUAGUGGUGUUUUUAGUCACAAGACAUUUCAAAGCUUUAUUUUUAACCUUGUGAACUGUUAACUCAUUUUGUCUUUAUUUCAAAACUGUGGCUUCUUGUAACUUGUGAUACACUAUGUAAUUAACUUUAAUUGGGUGUAUUUGUGAUUAAAAAGGAAAGCUAUAAAAUGGAGAAAAUUAGAUUUUGCACGCAGAAAGGACUAAAAUAAAAUGUUGUCAUUUA